AUGAGAAAAUAAUAAUAAGAAGAAUCAGAAGAAGACUAAGCAUCUCUAUUGCCAAUAAAAAAUCAUAUAAAACGAAUUGAAGUAGAUGAAAUGUUAGUGCUAUUAAAUAAUGAUCUUGUCAAUGAUGCUAAGGAUAUUGAUAAGAAUAGGUAAGAUAUCCGGAGUUUAGGAGAAGCUCAAAAUAAAGAAAGAACAGAAUUGCAUAACUCAUUACUCGAUCAUUGUCAUAAAAUUGUAACUGAUAUGCGAGAAUUAAAUCAACAAUCAAAAAGUGAAACAUAUAAUCUUAAACAAUAACUUUCAUGCCUUAACCAAGAUAAGAUUAGAUUAUAAUAAAAUUUAAUUGUACUCGAAAAUAAAGUAAUAGAAACUGACAAGGACAUCGGCUUUAAGCGUAGAAAUUAAUAAUUAAAUAAAAAAAAAUGA